AUUGUGCGGCCGCCCUUGGCGGCAGGGAACAUGUGGGUGAACCCCGAAGAGGUGCUGCUGGCCAACGCGCUGUGGAUCACCGAGAGGGCCAACCCGUACUUCAUCCUGCAACGGAGAAAGGGGCAUGCAGGCGAUGGAGGCGGCGGCGGUGGACUGGCAGGCCUCCUGGUGGGCACCCUUGAUGUUGUAUUGGACUCCAGUGCCAGGGUUGCUCCCUACCGGAUCCUGUACCAGACCCCAGACUCUUUGGUCUAUUGGACCAUUGCCUGUGGUGGUUCCAGGAAAGAAAUCACUGAACACUGGGAAUGGCUGGAGCAGAAUCUAUUGCAGACACUCUCCAUCUUUGAGAAUGAGAACGAUAUCACCACAUUUGUGAGAGGCAAAAUACAGGGUAUCAUUGCAGAAUAUAACAAAAUCAAUGAUGUAAAAGAAGACGAUGAUACUGAGAAAUUUAAGGAAGCCAUCGUGAAAUUCCAUAGGCUGUUUGGGAUGCCUGAGGAAGAGAAGCUCGUCAACUAUUACUCUUGCAGCUACUGGAAGGGAAAAGUCCCCCGACAGGGCUGGAUGUACCUCAGUAUUAACCACCUUUGUUUUUAUUCUUUCCUUAUGGGAAGAGAAGCCAAGCUGGUAAUCCGGUGGGUGGACAUCACUCAGCUUGAGAAGAAUGCCACACUGCUUCUGCCUGAUGUGAUCAAAGUGAGCACUAGAUCCAGUGAACAUUUCUUCUCUGUGUUCCUCAACAUCAACGAGACCUUCAAGUUAAUGGAGCAGCUCGCCAACAUUGCCAUGAGGCAACUCUUAGACAAUGAGGGGUUUGAACAAGAUAAAUCCCUGCCCAAACUGAAAAAGAAGUCUCCUAAAAAGGUGUCUGCUCUGAAACGUGAUCUUGAUGCCCGGGCAAAGAGUGAGAGAUAUCGUGCACUUUUCCGGCUGCCAAAAGACGAAAAAUUAGAUGGCCACACAGACUGUACCCUCUGGACCCCAUUUAACAAAAUGCACAUUUUGGGCCAGAUGUUUGUGUCCACAAAUUACAUCUGUUUUACCAGCAAAGAGGAGAAUUUGUGUAGCCUCAUUAUCCCACUCCGGGAGGUGACAAUUGUGGAAAAGGCAGAUAGCUCCAGUGUACUUCCCAGCCCCUUAUCCAUCAGCACAAGGAACAGGAUGACCUUCCUCUUUGCAAACUUAAAAGACAGAGACUUUUUAGUGCAGAGAAUCUCUGAUUUUCUGCAACAGACGACGUCCAAAAUAUAUUCGGACAAAGAGUUUGCUGGAAGCUACAACAGUUCAGAUGACGAGGUGUAUUCUCGGCCCAGCAGCCUUGUUUCCUCCAGUCCCCAGAGAAGCACAAGCUCAGACACAGAUGGAGAGCGUCAGUUCAACCUGAAUGGCAACAGUGUUCCAACAGCUACGCAGACCCUGAUGACCAUGUAUCGGCGGCGUUCACCCGAGGAAUUCAACCCUAAACUGGCCAAAGAGUUUUUGAAAGAGCAAGCCUGGAAGAUUCACUUUGCUGAGUAUGGGCAAGGGAUCUGCAUGUAUCGCACAGAAAAAUCUCGGGAGCUGGUGUUGAAGGGCAUCCCAGAAAGUAUGCGAGGGGAGCUCUGGCUGCUGCUUUCAGGCGCCAUCAAUGAGAAAGCCACCCAUCCUGGCUACUACGAGGACCUAGUGGAGAAGUCAAUGGGGAAGUAUAAUCUUGCCACAGAGGAGAUUGAGAGGGACUUGCACCGCUCCCUUCCAGAACACCCUGCUUUCCAGAAUGAGAUGGGCAUUGCUGCUCUGAGGAGAGUCUUAACAGCGUAUGCUUUUCGGAAUCCUAAUAUAGGGUACUGCCAGGCCAUGAAUAUUGUCACAUCAGUACUGCUUCUUUAUGCCAAAGAAGAGGAAGCUUUCUGGCUGCUUGUAGCUCUGUGUGAGCGCAUGCUCCCCGAUUACUACAACACCAGAGUCGUUGGUGCUUUGGUGGACCAGGGUGUCUUCGAGGAAUUGGCACGAGACUAUGUCCCACAGCUGUAUGACUGCAUGCAAGACCUGGGGGUGAUUUCCACCAUCUCCCUGUCAUGGUUCCUCACACUAUUUCUCAGUGUGAUGCCCUUUGAGAGUGCAGUUGUUGUUGUUGACUGUUUCUUCUAUGAAGGAAUCAAAGUGAUAUUCCAGUUGGCGCUGGCUGUGUUGGAUGCAAACGUGGAUAAACUGUUAAACUGCAAAGAUGACGGGGAGGCCAUGACUGUUUUGGGAAGGUAUUUAGACAGUGUGACCAAUAAAGACAGCACACUGCCCCCCAUUCCUCACCUUCACUCCCUGCUCAGUGAUGACGUGGAACCUUACCCCGAGGUAGACAUCUUCAGACUCAUCAGAACUUCCUAUGAGAAAUUUGGAAGUAUUCGGGCAGAUUUGAUUGAGCAGAUGAGAUUCAAACAGAGACUGAAAGUGAUCCAGACACUUGAGGAUACUACGAAACGCAAUGUGGUACGCACCAUUGUGACCGAGACUUCGUUUACCAUUGAUGAGUUAGAAGAACUUUAUGCUCUUUUCAAGGCAGAGCAUCUAACCAGCUGCUACUGGGGUGGGAGCAGCAAUGCACUGGACCGGCAUGACCCCAGCUUGCCUUACCUGGAACAAUACCGCAUUGACUUCGAGCAAUUCAAGGGGAUGUUUGCUCUUCUCUUCCCGUGGGCAUGCGGAACCCACUCUGAUGUUCUGGCUUCCCGCUUAUUCCAGCUAUUAGAUGAAAAUGGAGACUCUCUGAUUAAUUUCCGAGAGUUUGUCUCUGGGCUAAGUGCCGCAUGCCACGGGGACCUCACAGAAAAGCUCAAACUCUUGUACAAAAUGCACGUUUUACCUGAGCCAUCCUCUGAUCAAGAUGAGCCAGAUUCUGCUUUUGAAGCAACUCAAUACUUCUUUGAAGAUAUCACCCCCGAAUGUACACAUGUUGUUGGAUUGGACAGCAGAAGCAAGCAGAGUGCAGAUGAUGGUUUUGUUACAGUGAGUCUAAAGUCAGACAAAGGAAAGAGGGCAAAUUCUCAAGAAAACCGUAACUACUUGAGACUUUGGACGCCAGAAAAUAAAUCUAAGUCAAAGAAUGCAAAGGAUUUACCCAAAUUGAAUCAGGGUCAGUUUAUUGAGCUGUGCAAGACAAUGUAUAACAUGUUCAGCGAGGACCCCAGUGAGCAGGAGCUAUACCACGCCACGGCAGCGGUGACCAGCCUCCUGCUUGAGAUCGGGGAGGUGGGCAAACUCUUCAUCACCCAGCCUGCAAAGGAGGGCGGGAAUGGAAGCAGUGGGCCACCCUGCAAUCAGGGCAUACCUGGCAUGCUCUUCCCCAAGAAAGGGCCAGGCCAGCCUUAUGUGGUGGAGUCCGUGGAGCCCCUCACAGCCAGUUUGGCAGCCGACAGUGAGGAACACUCCCUGGGAGGGCAGAUGGAGGACAUUAAGCUGGAGGACUCCUCGCCCCGGGACAAUGGGGCUUGCUCUUCCAUGCUGAUCUCGGAUGAUGACACCAAGGACGAUAGUUCCAUGUCCUCCUACUCGGUGCUGAGUGCUGGCUCCCACGAGGAAGACAAGCUGCAUUGUGAGGACAUUGGGGAGGACACAGUCCUGGUGCGCAGCGGCCAGGGCACGGCAGCGCUGCCCCAGAGCACCAGCCUGGACCGGGACUGGGCCAUCACCUUCGAGCAGUUCCUUGCCUCCCUGUUAACUGAGCCUGCCCUGGUGAAGUACUUUGACAAGCCUGUGUGCAUGAUGGCUAGGAUAACUAGCGCAAAAAACAUCCGGAUGAUGGGCAAGCCGCUCACUUCCGCCAGUGACUACGAGAUCUCCUCCAUGUCAGGCUGA